CGACCCAGAAAAUGAAUUCGUUCGUAGUGCUGUGUUUUGGUUUAUUAGCUGUGGCAUCUGCAGAACCUCCACGUUCGAAUUCAAGGUUCUCCAGACAAUUUCAACGACAGGAAGCUGCUCCAUAUCCACCAUCAGGUUGGAGACCAUCUGGACCUCAGUUUCAACUUCCAGAGCCACAGACUUCCUAUGGACCACCACCCCAGGAAUAUGGACCUCCCUCACAAGAGUAUGGCCCACCCCAGGAAGAAACUACAACAGCGUCUGACCUUGACAGUACUACGACAGAAACACCAAUUACUACUACAUCUAAUCCUGACCUGGAUACAGAAGAGAUUGGAUCUGGAGACGAUGACCAGAAGAAUGAAGCUUUAACAAAUGAAGAACGUGGGUUUUACUACAUCUACCACCCGAGUGGGUUGCUACAGAGGGUGAAUUUUGCGACCAACGACGACGUUAAAAAUAUGGCGUUCAGUGCCAGACUCAAGUACGAAAAUGUUGAACCGAUCAGAGGGCCAGUUUUUACUUAUGAUCCUGUUACGUUCGCUUUUACAAGGCUGUGAUAUUUCAGUUAGUUUAAUUUAUGUAUAGUAAAUUAUUCUUAACUAAUAUGUUGUAUAAUUCUUUGAAUCAAAUAUCGCUGAAUAAAUGU